GUGUGAAUGGAUUGACUGAUGUUUACGUCGAGUAUUGAGACGAUUGUGGCGUCGGAUGUGAUGACCAGUUGGACACCGAAUACGACACUCAUCUCAAUGCCACUCACGUCUUGAGACACGACUGCCAUCGAUGGACACGACGACAGACACGACCCGCCAAUCGGCUGAUGGACUCCGCGACAGCGCCUGUCGUCCAGGCAAUCAGUUACCACUCAUCGCCUCGUCUGGGGAUGAGUUGAUGGCCACCGAUGGCGGCGACGACCCUCUGGAGGGAUAUCUUCACAAAUUGAGUUCCAGAGGACCGUUGCGGGCGAUGAAGAAGCGGUGGUUUGUGUUCAACGCAACCAAUUGUGUCCUCUAUUACUACCGAACGAGAGAUGAUUUGGUGCCCAUCGGAGAGGUGGACAUCAGGAGAGCCACGCUCACCAUCAAGACGCCCACCCUUUUCACCAUCAUUUCGGUGGCCAAAGAGGUGACACUCGAGGCCCACGACAGCCAACAGUGUCUCCAUUGGUUGACACGACUGCAGGCGCUGCGCAAGAAGUACAUCAUAGGUCUGGCGAACAGGUUUGGCGUCAAACUAGCCGUCAAUCACAUCAACCAAGACAUCAGUUAUGAUCGUAAGAAUGACGCCGACAUCGAUGGCUCGCGUUCUGUGUUCUACGACCAGUCCGUCGACAACCAAAUGAGUGAAUCCACGCACUCCUCGCACUCGUCCAAGAGUUGGACGCAAUCAUCGAAAUGCGAGAACAACUCGAUGUCUCCUAAAGAGACGGACUCUCCGUCCGCUAAACACAAGAUAUUCGGCAGUUUUGUCCACAAAAUGAAGGCCAGAAAUGUAGACAUUCCUCAGCAGUCGUCGCGACGCGUGGACAGCAUCUCGAGUCCCAUCAGAAGUCUAUUGAAAUUAAGUGAUAGAAACAGUGAAUCCUUUUGCGGCAAAUGUCGCGUCUCGGAGGCGCAGUUGGUCUCACUGUCGGACGACUUGUCGGCCGUUGAGAUCGAACUGCAGGCCAGCCGUGAGGCCAUCCGACUGCUGAAGAAGCAGUUGGAGAUCGUCGGCGACGAGAAGAAGCUCUUGGAAGACAUCUGUAGGAACGGCGCGAAUAUGAGUGCAAACGACUUGUUGACCAAAUUGUGUCAAAAUAACGAAGAGUUGACUGAUUUGCGGAUCAAAUUGAGAGCGACUGAAGCGCGCGAAGAGUCGCUUCGCAGCCAAAACCAGACGCUGAAGACAGAGCUCGACAAACGCAACGAAGAGUUGAGUGUUUUGCAGGAAAUGCUGAAAUCGCGGGACGAGAUGUACGUCUCGCUCACGCAUCAGAUCUACACAUUGGAGGCGGAGAAAGGCGAGGGCUUUAGUCCACUGCCUGUCGCCAACGAGUGCGGCACCGAAUCGACGGCCACUCCGAAGCUGAUUAAAGUGCAGACCAAUGAGUUGGAGAGCCUCCGGGACACUGUCCGGGCCUUCGAGACGCAGAACGAGUUCCUCAACAAAGAGAUCGUCGAACUCAACGAAUUGCGAAAC